CAGGGGGGCGUUUGUUUAUGUUUGAAAAUCCAUACAUCUUUAAGUCCAUACACACAUAAUCACACAUCAUAUUUCUGUUUAGAUUCGUGCUGAAGUGUGCAUCCGAGAUCCACUAGUAUUUCAAUUGUCCCGGGAUUUUUUUUAUUAGCUAAAAUUGCUGACUCCCGCUAUUCCCGUUGCAGGCAAAUUUGUGUGUGUGUUUGUGUUCUGUGCUUGAAUCUGAACAUUGAAAGUUUCAGAUCUCCAUUUGUAUUUGCAACACAGCGAGAUCAACUCUUCAGAAUCUUUGUCGGAUCGUUGGACGGGAUGCAUAGCGGAAACAAUACGGAGCGCGAUUUGGCUAAGCCGGAGGAUUGCCAAGGCAAACGGAUCCUCAUCACUCACUAUAUCAGCCCUCAACAGUUCUGGUACAUCAGUGCCAAGAAUGUUGAGGCUUGCAGUGCGCUGGUGCGACAAAUGGAGCUGCAACUGGUCGAUUACUGCAACCCACAUGACCAACAACCGUCCUACUCUGAGUAUCUGGAGGUGAUUGUGCGGUACAUGCUGUGCAGUCCCCCGAAACUCAUCCGUGGUGUCAUUAAGAAGCGCCAGUCGGAGGAAUAUCUGGUGUUUGCCAUGGACUAUGGGUUUACCAUAAACUGCUCAGCCAAAAAUCUGUGGAUUCUGCCAGGAAACUUAAAUAAGAAAUUUUAUGACGUGGAAAUGGGAGGAGUGGCGUUCAUUACGCCAUAUAAAGGCAACACAUGGACUAAGGCUGCACUGAGCGUCUUUGGGCAAAAGCUGGACGAGGCCCAACUGUUGUAUCUCGACAUUAAAUAUCAGGGGCCCAUGAACGAGAAUUUUGGAAUAUUGUGGAUCAAGUCGAACGGGCAAGCAGUGAAUGCAGUCGACUAUCUGGAGGAGCGGCUACAUGGACGCAGGGAGGACAGCUGCAACAUGCCACGCUACCUCAAUCCACUGUCCUUUGAGUUGGCGGAAAUUAACGAUGAGGAGCUGAAACCAGGACUGCGUGCCACAAAAAUAAUCCAGCUAGUGGCGGCCUCCAAUCCUCCAUUGGCCAUCGAACAGCAUCGCAUUCCAUCCAAUACGGAACUCUGUGUGGACAGAAAUCCAUUCAGACGAAAGCAUAGUCCGCCCUGUCCCACCGAGGAUCCCAUGAAGCUGGAGAGAAUUCUUCAGCUGCGCAGCGAACCGCCAAUACCGGACGCAGCUCGGCGUUUAAGCAAGGUCAGCGGUUUUACCGACAAUUCUGUACAAACGGCACUCAUCGGGGGUUCAAACAAAAAGGAAAACGUAGAGGAAAAAGUCGAAAAGAGAAAUCAAGUGGAGGGACAAUCGAGAGAGCUUAACCUGACGAGUAGUGCCUCGAUGAGUGAAGGCGGCUCUCCCAGCAGAUACUCUGGAUUGUUGGCUGGUCAGGAAGACAUCGAUAAGAAUAAACAACGGAGCGAGAAAUCUGAGCCCAAAGCUUGCUCAUCUGCAGAAGCUUCCUUUAUGACGCAGGAAGCUGCAACUGCCGGGAAAGACGUCGUCGGAGCCGUGCAGAAACAAUUUGAGAAGAUAAACAUCUUAUUGGCCAAGAGAUGCCUCGCCCACUGCAGUGCCUCAGUGUCAGGUUAUUUUGCACACAAAAUGAGCGAUGCAUCUCUAGGCAAGGAGAUUGAAAAUGCCUUGCAGAAGCUCAGCCUUCGGAAUCCUGUCGCCACUCAGUCCUUUGCCUGGCCGCACCUCAUGAAAGGCAACUCCUUGCUGGUGGUGAAUGCCCCGGGCACAAGUCGCUCCUGGUGCUAUUUGCCGGCACUCUGCUCCCUGGUGAUGCGCUCCAUGGCAGCGGAUGGAGAAAUUAUCAAGAAGAAGGGGCCACUGGCCGUACUGCUUACCGAAUGCUCAAACCAAGCCAAGGUGCUGUCCAAGCACUGCUCUGUGCUGAUGCAGAACUUUGAAACUCAAAACAUAAAAGUGGUUAACACCCACGACCAUGCCGAGCCCGAAGUAGUCACCAUGCUGCUCGGUUCCUGCGGCAUUCUGGUGUCCACAAUUGCCAAUUUGAAUGCCCUGAUGGAUUAUAAACGCAAAGGGCUAGCCCUCUUCGAGCCAGCGCGUCUGAAGCACAUUGUCGUAGACGACUACGACCGCAUGCUGCAGGCGGCUCCGCAGCUGCUGAACGACAGUCUGAAUCGAUUGCGACGUUUGCACCCACUGCAAAUGCAACUCAUUCUAGUGGCCCAGUGCUGGCAUGAGCAAGUGUUUCCGAAGCUUCUCAAAUGGACCUCCUCGAAUAUGCUGAUCUUUGGGGACUUUCUGGAGGCAGCCAUGUACGGGCGCAUGAAGCUAACAAUGGCAGUGGGACAGUCGCAGCAAAAGCAUGCACAACUUUUACAAUUCCUUGCCUGCCAGCCGAAGCCACAGAAGCGAACGAUCAUCUUCUGCAACACUGCAGAGGAGUUGAAGCACUUGAGAAUAGUUUUGACCAAUGCUGGACAUCAGUGUUUGAACAUGUCGAAGGCCCAGGAUCAUGAACCACAUCAACUGUUGCUCGUCUACGAUGCAACGCAGCUGCAGCUGGUGGGACGGAACAAGGAGCUACUCAUCCACUUUAGCGUGCCAAAAUCGUGGGAGAAGUUUGCCAUGCGUUUCCAUGUCAUGGAAUUUCUUGUGCAAAAUCGUUUAAACGAGUCGCUAAAGCAGCUCCCGCCAACCGCCUUCACUUCCCAUGUGAUGCUGGACGAGUGCAACUCCAAGUUUGAAUCCUCUUUGAUGAAAUUCCUCAAAGUCCACGGCCUCUCUAGAGAUAAGUUGUCGGAGGAGAUGUCUCGCUUACUGCCGAAGGUCGGGGACAGUCUUCCCCUUUGUCUGUACCACGUGAAGACGGGCGAAUGCACCCUGAGGCAGUGCAACAUGCGUCAUCACUUCCUCAAGUCGGACAUACAGAUUUCGAGUAAUCCCUGCCAGCAAUCCAAAGCCGUUGUGCGGUGCAAGCCAUGCAAGAUCUACGAUCCGGCUCACAUGGCCCUCUGGCCCAUGGAGUACAUGAUGGAAGGGACAACGGUCUGGGUGGAUGCGCCAUUUCCGGCCAGUCGUUGGAUUGCGGAGGUGGAGUUGAGUGUGGCAUCAAACCCCAAGCAGCACCAACCAAUCCGCAUCUCGGACAUCUGCCUCGUGCAUCAGCAGGGGCUAUACAAGCGAGUCCGCGUCAUGGACAUUCGUUCAGAAGAAGCCGUAAUGGUUCAGUUGAUGGAUCACGACACGGAGUUGAUCCAGAUUAGACCCUGGGACCUGCUGGAGUGCGAUGCUAAGUUCACGGGCCUGCCAAUGCUUGCCAUGGACGUGAAGCUGCCGUUUGUAGAGCCAACCACAGGAGAGGCCAAGUGGUCGCCAGAGUCCCUCAAGUGGGUUCAAGAUACAUUCAAUGGUCUGCAAGAUGAACAAUACAUUCAAAUAACCGUCGAUUUCUCCAUGCUCGAUGUGGUCUACGUCAAGGAAAUCAUCCUGAUCGAAAAGUGCCCAACACUGCGAACCAGUGUGUUCAAAUCUGUGCUGCGAAAAGAAUUGAUCGCGCGAGGAUUUGGCAAACCGGCAACAAAAAGCCUUGCUCAGUGGCCCGUGGAUACACUUACCUGCAGAGGCUUAUCUUUAAGCAGUGAAAAAGAGCCCCAAGUUAUGAAAACAGAUAGAAAGGACAACGACAAAAUUGAAGCUGUGGAGAAAUCAGAUUUCCGGAGUCCAGGCAAAGAGAUAAAAGUAUCCUUAGCAGAUGGUAAGGACAGUGACAAAAUAGAAGCCAGUAGUAUCCCAGUGGAUGAGCAAAAGAAAGCGAAUGCUGAUUUCCAGCUUAGUUCCCCAACGUUGGAACCAACUCUAGACGUAUCUCAGCGCUCGUUCCUUGAGUUGCUAAAUGGCCAGUUAGACAGCGAGAAUUUAUCAAGUAACGCCCGUCGAUUCCUGCAAACAAUUGUAGGCGGCGAUGAAGGGGACUCAAUGGGGACACCCACAGAAACUAGCGAAACAAUUAAAAAAUCAAAAUCGAACCCAGUUCAUUGCCUCACGGAUGCCGGAACACCAGAGCCAUCGAAGGAUGAAGCGUUGAAAGCGCUGCAGUGUGCCACGACUCGCGAUGGAACAUUUGCCUGGCCCAUGGUAAAGUGGCACCAGACCCUAAGCCAAAUCGAAUUAGUUAUUGAGCAGAAGGUGCCGGAGUAUGAACUAUUUGUUCAGCGCAACUUUCUCUCGUAUUUUGUGGGACAAACCACGCCACCCCAAAGGUGUUCUAUGAAUCUGCUGGGUGAAGUGGUGAUCGCCUCGGAGAAGCUGCAUGGCUACUCGCUGCACAUCAAGCUGUCAAAAGUUGGACCGCUGUUCUACUGGCCAACUUUACUCAACUCACUGUACACCCAGCAGCAUUCCCAUUGGUUGUCCUACGACAUCGAGCGUGCCAAGGAGCCGCCCUCCCACAUGGGACUGUUGCUGUGGGAGCGUUACAUGCGGCAGGUGCAGACAAAACUAGAUUCAACAACGGAAUCUGUUGAAUAUGAUUCGGUUGAUUCCGAUCUAUCAGACUCGGCCAUAUACGAUGAUGCCAUGUAGGAGGAGAAGACUUUACUUUGAUACACUUUAUAUAUUUCACUUUGUUAUUUUGUUGAUUUAACAACUAUAUUACCAGUACAUAUUCUAUUAUAAUUAUCACUAAAUACAGUUAUAGCUUACAGUUCUUACAGGAAU